AUGAACACACGAAUCGACUAUGUGAUAUCCAGUCCUUCAGUCUUGAAAUUUUACACCAAUCACCCUGCGCACAUGAGCAAUGACCUCGAUUUGGGCGUUGAAGCAGGUCAAUGCAGCCCUGCCCCAAAUGAGCCUAACUUGAAUAUCGUUGUGAUUCAGACCGGCGGGUUCUUACUGCUUUGGCAUGCAAUGAUAGACGACGAUCUUCUAAGAUGA